UUAUGCCAAAGCUCAGUGGGUGAGGAAGUCCCUUGUAGAACGGAUCGUUGGAAUAAAAUAGCGACAAAAUGUGGAUCGCUCUGCUGGGAACUCCACUUUUGUUGGUGGUUCUUUGGCUUCUGCUUAAACAGCUAAAUAAAACAUACUUUAUUCUUUCAUUGAGUAAACGAGUGCGAACGGAGGAUGGCAGUCCAUUGGAGAGCAAAGUGGUCGUAAUUCCCGGAAAAACGAGAUUUGGAAACAAUUUGGAUCUUCUGAACUUUACGCCUGCAACUGUUUUUAGCUUUAUGCGAGAAUCCACUGCUAAGGCCAAAGGUCGGAAUUAUCUGUGGUAUUUUCUAUACGCACCCAUGUAUAAUGUGGUUCGGGCAGAGGAGGCUGAGGAGAUAUUCCAGAGCACCAAGCUGAUAACCAAAAAUGUGGUCUACGAACUGAUUAGACCUUUUCUAGGUGACGGCCUUUUGAUUAGCACCGACCAUAAAUGGCACUCCAGAAGAAAAGCCUUGACACCGGCUUUUCAUUUUAAUGUACUACAGUCUUUCUUAGCUAUUUUCAAAGAGGAGUGCAACAAGUUAAUCAAAGUUCUUGACAAAAAUGUAGAUGGCGAGUUGAAUCUGAACCAUGUUAUUCCACAGUUUACUUUAAAUAAUAUAUGCGAAACCGCUUUGGGUGUAAAGCUGGAUGACAUGUCAGAGGGCAAUGAAUACAGAAAUGCUAUCCAUGCUAUCGAAGAGGUUCUCAUACAACGCGUUUGCAAUCCUCUGAUGUAUUACAACUGGUACUUCUUCCUUUACGGAGACUAUCGCAAACAUGCGGAGAAACUUCGGAUUGUCCACGACUUCUCAAGUCGCAUUAUUGAACGCAAAAGGCAGCAGUUCCAGAAAAAACAACUUGGGAAAAAGGAUGAAUUCGGCAAAAAGCAGCGAUAUGCCAUGUUGGAUACCCUUUUGGCAGCCGAAGCAGAAGGUCAGAUUGAUCAUCAGGGAAUCUGCGAUGAGGUCAACACGUUUAUGUUUGAGGGAUACGAUACCACAUCCACCUGUUUGAUCUUUACUCUACUCAUGCUGGCCCUUCACGAGGAUGUCCAAAAGCGAUGCUAUGAAGAGGUGGAAAAUCUUCCCGAGGACAGCGAUGAAAUCACUGUGUUCCAAUUCAACGAACUCGUCUAUUUGGAGUGCGUGAUCAAGGAAUCGCUCAGGAUGUUUCCCUCGGUGCCCUUCAUUGGACGUCAAUGUGUGGAGGAAAGUGUGGUGAAUGGAAUGGUUAUGCCAAGGGACACCCAGAUCAGCAUCCACAUCUACGACAUUAUGAGGGAUCCUCGCCACUUCCCGAAGCCAAAUCAGUUUCAACCGGAACGCUUUCUGCCGGAGAACACAGUGAACAGGCAUCCUUUUGCCUUUGUGCCUUUUAGUGCUGGUCAAAGAAAUUGCAUUGGUCAGAAGUUUGCCAUUCUGGAGAUGAAAGUACUGCUGGCAGCGGUUAUCAGGAAUUUUAAGCUGCUGCCCGCCACUUAUUUGGAGGAUCUUACUUUUGAAAACGGAAUCGUGCUACGCACCCAGCAGAAUAUCAAAGUGAAAUUGGCGAAAAGGGUCAAAUAUAGCACAGAAAUGAUAUUGGAGCUCUUAAUAUCUGUACCAUUGCUGGUUUUUCUAACUUGCAAGCUGUGGACUCACAUAAAUCGGAAUUACUUCAUCCUAAGCCUCUGCAAGCGACUACGCACUGAGGAUGGCAGCCCGUUGGAAAACAGAAUUUACGUAACGCCAACCAAAACCCGAUUUGGAAACAACUUUGACCUACUGAGCUUCACAUCUGAAAGCAUAUUCAACUUCAUGAGAAAAGCUUGCGCUGAAGCCAAAGGUCGAAAUUAUCUGUGGUAUUUCUUCAAAGCCCCAAUGUACAAUGUUGUCAGGGCCGAAGAAGCCGAGGAAGUAUUCCAGAGUCCCAAGUUGAUCACAAAAAACAUGAUCUACGAUCUUUUGAAACCGUUUUUGGGAGAAGGGCUGUUGACCAGCACAGAUCAGAAAUGGCACUCCCGACGAAAGACUUUGACUCCAGCUUUCCAUUUUAAUGUUUUGCAGUCGUUUCUGACCAUAUUCAAGGAAGAGUGCAAUAAGCUGGUAAAAAUCCUUAAUCAAAGUUUGGACAACGAGUUAGACCUUAAUCAGGUCAUUCCUCAGUUUACUUUGAACAAUGUUUGCGAAACUGCACUGGGCGUGAAAUUAGAUGACUUAACUGAGGGCUUUCGAUAUCGCCAAUCGAUUCACGCCAUAGAAGAGGUCAUGCAGCAGCGUUUAUGCAACCCCUUUUUCUAUAACACAGUGUAUUUUUAUUUCUUUGGGGAUUAUAGAAAGCAGGUGGAUAACCUAAAGAUAGCCCACGACUUUUCCAGUCGCAUCAUCGAGAAGAGAAGAAGUCUUUUGAGGAGUAAGCAACUUGGCCAAGAGGAUGAUUUUGGCAAAAAGCAGCGAUAUGCCAUGUUGGAUACCCUUUUGGCAGCUGAAGCAGAGGGUCAGAUCGAUCAUCAGGGAAUCUGCGAUGAGGUCAACACUUUUAUGUUUGAGGGAUACGAUACCACAUCAACCUGUCUUAUUUUUACCCUGCUGAUGUUGGCCCUGCAUGAGGAUGUUCAGCAGCGAUGCUUUGAAGAGGUGGAAAAUCUUCCCGAGGACAGUGAUGAGAUCAGUCUGUUCCAGUUCAAUGAACUCUUUUAUUUGGAGUCUGUGAUUAAGGAAUCGCUGAGGAUGUUUCCCUCGGUGCCCACCAUUGGUCGCAAAUGUGUUAAGGAGUGUGUGGUGAAUGGUCUAGUCAUGCCCAAGGAUACCCAAAUCAACAUACACAUGUUUGAUAUCAUGAGGGAUCCUCGGCACUUUCCAAAUCCAGAUACUUUUCAACCAGAUCGAUUUCUGCCGGAGAAUACCCUGAAUCGUCAUCCCUUCGCCUUUGUACCCUUUAGUGCAGGUCAAAGGAAUUGCAUUGGACAAAAGUUCGCCAUCCUGGAGAUCAAAGUUCUCUUGGUGGCGAUUAUCAGGAAUUUUAGGAUAUUACCCAUAACUUUUGUGAAGGAUAUUACCUUUGAAAAUGGAAUAGUGCUGCGAACUCAAAAAAAUGUCAAGAUUAAAUUGAUGCGAAGGGAACAAGAUAAAUAAUGAAAGCUUAUUGUAAAUUGCAAAUACAAAAGUAGAGCCUAAUCACUAAUAUUUUUUUUCAAUUUAUUGUUUUCCAAUACAACCUUAAGCAAAUAA